AUGUCUCAUACUGUACCAUGGACUCACCUGAUCCGGUUCGUAAGUGAACACGAUGACUGUGUGUACUUCGGCGACGCAAUUCUCCCUGCCGAUGACUAUAGUAUCGGUGCCGAAGAUGGUUCUGGAGUAGAGCUAAAGGCCAGACUCAUUCAUGGGAACCCAUUCGAUCGAGACUGCAAGGUUCGAGAAGACUCGAUCGUCAAGGUGAAACAGCUUCUUGGUCCUCUGACACCAGACACGGUGCCUGCUAUCAGAUGCAUUGGCUUAAACUACGCCGACCACGCCAGUGAAGUCAGUGUUGCACCCGUAAAACAUCCAGCCAUGUUCCCGAAAACACCGAACACCAUUGCCGGCCAUGGUUCCAUUGUGGAGAUACCCAAAAUUGCCCAAGAUAAUCAAGCUGAUUAUGAGGGAGAACUAGUGGUAGUCAUCAGUCAUGACUGUAAAAAUGCGACAGAAGACACAGCAAUGACUUAUGUCUUAGGAUAUGCAGUUGCAGACGAUGUAUCAGCAAGAAAAUGGCAAAACGAUCCUAAGAUAUGGGGAAUAUCAUCUCCUCCACAGGCGAGCUUCUCAAAAAGCUUUGACGGAUUUUGUCCGAUAGGGCCCUGCAUUGUAUCCAGCCAGUGUUUGAAAAAUCCCCAUGAUCUCACCCUGACGACCAAGGUAAACGGAGAGAUUCGGCAAAGCAGCUCAACCUCGCAUUUCAUCUUUACUAUACCGCGUUUAAUUGCAUUCCUUAGCCAGGGAACAACCCUACAAAAGGGGAGUGUUAUUUUAACGGGAACACCUGCAGGAGUAGGCUCACGGAUGAAGCCGCCUCAAUAUUUGAAGCCAGGGGACAAGAUCGAGAUUACAAUCUCGAAGAUUGGAACGCUAAUUCAUGGUGUUAGUUUUGCGGAGUAG